AUGAUUACACCCACCAUGAUUACUGUUGAAUCCCUCCCCACUCUUCUCGCCGACGACAUCAAGGUCAAGGUCGCCGGCAUUGACAGCGAUGGUGUCCUCCGUGGCAAGGUCAUGGCCAAGGAGAAGUUCCUCGGCAUCGCAGAAAAGGGCUUUGGCUUCAGUUCUGCUCUCUUCGGUUGGGAUAUGCAUGAUAUGAUGUGGACAACCGAAGCACGCGUCGCGCCCCCAGAGUCAGGCUAUGCGGAUUUCCUCGCCAUUCCAGACCUGAACUCAUUCAGACGUCUGCCAUGGGAGGAGAAUAUUCCAUUCUUCCUUGUGCGCUUCCUCAAUGAUACUGAUCCGGUAUUGGCCGAUGGAAGGAGUAUGUUGAGGAGUCUGUGUGAUCGGCUUGGAGGGGAGGGAAUUCGAGCUCUGGCUGGAGUUGAACUUGAGUUCAUGAACUUCCAGACUCCCUCCGAAGACGGAUACGGCAGCGCCGGUUCCAACCACCCCAAUCUGGCUUCCUUCCUGGAGAAGAACGCCCCCAGUUCCCUUCGACCCAUCACAGCUGGCAUGUUCUGCUACAGCUCAACACGCCCUGUUGCCAACAAGAAGUACUUCUAUGAUAUUUUCAACACUGCUGCGCAGAUCAAUUGCGGCAUUGAAGGGUGGCACACUGAGGGCGGGCCCGGUGUGUACGAAGCUGCCCUGAAGGUUUCAGAAAUCAGUGAAAUGGCCGACAAGGUUGCAAUGUUUAAACUCCUCACCAAAUCAUUGGGAAUGGAUCACGGAGUCACACCCUGCUUCAUGGCUAAGCCCAUGCAUGGCAUGCCCGGAAGCUCAGGCCACAUUCACAUUUCCCUCGCCGACAAAGAGGGUAAGAACCUCUUUGCGCGCGAGACCCCCGAAGCCCACCCUCAAUGGUCAGACAUUGCCCACCUAUCCGACACAGGACGCCAUUUCCUCGCCGGACUCCUAGACGCUCUCCCAGAUAUCAUGCCACUCUUUGCCCCUACCGUCAACUCAUACAAGCGUCUUGUCGAGAACUACUGGGCACCAGUACACAUCAGCUGGGGACUCGAGGACCGAAUUGCCUCUAUUCGUCUCAUCACACCACCAGUCUGCAAGCCCGGUGCCACACGCUUUGAAGUCCGUAUCCCUGGUGCGGACUUACAUCCUCACUACGCUCUCAGCGUCAUCCUCGCAGCUGGCUGGAGGGGCGUGCAGAAGAAGCUUGAGAUCAAGGUCCCGCCUAUGUCAGCGCGCAAGGCAGGGGACCAUCGUCCAGAGCUGCUGCCCAACACUUUGGACAAGGCUUUGGAUCGGUUCUCGGCACCUAACAGCAUUGCUCGUGAGAUUUUGGAUUCAGAGUUUGUGGACUUCUUCACUGCUACGAGACAGCAUGAGUUGGGUCAGUGGAGGAGGCUGUGA